AUGAAGUACCUCCUGACCUUCGUCGUCGCAGCUUGGAUAUGUGGGAGACUUCACGGGCCAUCUUCAUUCGUCACAGGGUUAACGAUUUCAACGAAUUCCAGCGAAGCUGAAGAAGCAAUCAUUUCCCGUUUUAAGUGCAGCGGGAAUGCAAUUUCGGAAAAACCUCUCGAAUUCGCCUGUUCUAACGUGACGAACUGCGCGAUUUACCAAGAUUGUUGCUACGACACGAAGCCAAAUAUUACAAAAGCAGAAGUAAAAAAGCCAUCCUGUGUUCCCGUGUUUUUCGACGACGAGACAGUACAAGACAUCACGGUAAUCGCAGACUGCAACGCUACAUGGCCAGAUGACGACAUUAGAGGCGGCUGCGAAAAUACGACCACUCACAACGAAACUUUCCAUCAUAUCUUCGCCACUAGCUUAUCCGGUUUUACGUACCGCAACGGAUUUUGCGCUCUCUGCAACUACGACACAAAAAACUUGUCGUACUGGGAGAUCACGAGCACGGACAACGCAACGCUUUACUUCAAACCACGGCACAACGAGUUCGAGGCUGAUGUGAGACGGUGCGACUAUAAACGAGUCUUUAACAGCACGUGUUCAAGUAAUUCGACUGAGAAACAACGUAAGAACUGCGAGACGUACUUUGAACCCGUGCUUCAGAGUGAAACCCAAGCGAUCUACAAGAAUGUGUACUGUGCCUUGUGCAGUGAAGUGAACAUCUCUUCUCUUGCGUGUCUGCAAGACGACAAGAUGAUCAGAAUAGCUUUGUCGAACACGACAACUGAGACAACCAGACGUUUACGUUUUGCUGUUGAAAAUGGGACUGUCUCUAAACGUGAUGCGUGCUUCUCGUGGUACGAAGAUAAGUGCUAUAUUAAGAGCGACGACUACCGGUAUUCCAACGACACGCCAUUCAACAAGGCCAAGGCAGCCACCAGCGGCGACGAGUCCUACACGUACACGUUCCAGAACUACCUGGUCAUGGUGUGCAUCAGCAUCUCCCUCUUCUUUCUUCUUCUCAAGGCCGUCACGUACGUUUUCUUCGGAGCAUCCAGAAGCUUCGCCUCCAGAUGCAACCUGUGCUUAUCUGGUACCCUCUUCGCUACUCAACUUGUCUACAUCCUGUCCAGCUAUCUGGACGUGUCUGAUGACGUGUGCGUUGCGUCUUCCGUGAUGCUUCACUAUGGCUUUAUCGCGACCUUCUCCUGGACCAGCGUCCUGUCCUUCGACAUGUGGAGGAACAUAGCCUCAAUGCGAAUAGCCACAAGACACGACCGCACGUUCGUCAUUUAUUGCUUCAUCGCCUGGGGUGCACCGCUAGUGCUCAUCGCCAUCUGUUCGGCGCUCAACUGGGGAGCUCCGUGGUCUCCUUUGUCACCAGCCUACGGACAGUACUAUUGCUUUUUCGGGAAGUACCGCGCUUACGUGUCCUUCUUUUUGGUGCCGAUGGGAGUGCUUCUCCUGCUUGACCUGGGCCUAUACAUCCAUAUCAUCAUCUACGUUCGAAGAUCAUCGCACCUCCGGGGCUCCAAGAGUGGCCAUCAGCCAUCCGACGUGGCGCUGUUCUUCAAGCUCGCGCUGAUCAUGGGGGCCACUUGGUUCCUAGGCCUCUUGACCUUUCUCAACUCCACGGUAAUCCAGGUCCUCACCAGCAUCUUCACUGGACUUCAGGGCGUCUACCUCUUCUUCGGAUUCAAGGACUACCAAUAUUUUUGUUCUGGUACGAAGGCAAAAAGAAAAGAGAAGGAAAAGCUGAGGUCUUCUAAUAACUCGAACACGUCAAAUCUUUCGAACAGUACAGAGCUGGAAUCUGUGAGUGGAGCACCCGUUGGGAGCACCGCUACUGUGAACAAGUCGACCAAUUCGGUGUGA